AGCGAGACGUAUCGCCGAGCCGGGCAACGAAGGAGGAUUCGUUCCCCGGCUUGCGACAAGUAGCGCCGCGCUGACACUUGACAGGCUGUUGAGGGACGUGUGUGCGAGGCACUCAGAAAGCAUAUAGUAUAUAAUCGUGUCAUUCUAUUCUAAAUCCGAAUUCCUCAUUGGUUUCAAGAUGGUUUCGCAAAGAUAAGCCCUGAAGAGGAUAACUCCAAAUACGCGACUACUGCAAUAGCCUGGAAUCGUAACAGUAACUUCAGCUUGACGGAGAUGUAAAGAAAAGUUUUUUAAAUGUUAAACAUAUGCGUUGGAAGACCAAAAAAAAAUGCGAAGGGGAACGUAUUUAGGAGUGUUUAUUGCCUUUUAAACAAGACAAGACUUGGACAUCGUGCGCGGUGCGAAUACCGCUGACUUUGCGAAAUAUACGACGGAGAGUCUGGCUGUGUGAAGUCGCACACCGCUGAGAUAACCUGCAAUGCCGAGGAGACUUGACGGACCGGCGGAAAGCGGCGCGUUGCCGGCCGAGAAAACGAUCUGCCCGUCGCCGCAAGAGCUGAGCGUGAUAAACAACAAUGUCAGAUGCGAGCAGUGCGGGCUCGUCUUCAGGAACGAGCCGCGCUACCGGUUGCACGACCUCAAGGUGCACCAACGCAGGAAGUUGGACAAAAUUGCCAAGGCGAGCGCACGCUAUCACUGCCCGGCCCAGUCGUGCGUCUACACUGUCAAUUCUCAGCGAUACUUCAGCACUAUGAAAUACCUGAAGCAGCAUUACUUGAAGGUGCACGCGGAAAGAAAUUAUGCGUGCGAUCGCUGCGGUAAGAGCUUCUCCACCGAAUCCGCCAAAGUGGGGCAUACGAGAGUCUGCGGCGUGGAAUUCACGUGUUCCUGCUCGAAGACUUACGUCACGUACGAAGCGCUGCUUACGCACGCGAAGCGAUCUAUGCACACCAUAACGGAGAAGUAUAAAAACUCGAGACACGCGAGUUCCAAGGCGAUGCAAAUCAUCUUACCGAGGAGAAUUAUAAGCAAACCCAUCUCGAUACUGCCCAAUACAGAUAAAUCCGGAAAGAAUAGUGAAGGUACCAGUGCGACAAAAAGUACAGUCGACGUUGGAGUGCAGACGGACGAUUAUAAAAGAAGCAAGAAGAUACCGAGUCCAUCGAAAUUCAACGGUAGCAGUCUGCACAGCGCGAAACGUCGAAUAUCUAAGCAAACGCAGACCAAUAGUUAUUCCAAGGAGAGAAUCUCCGGGAAGUCGAUAGAGACGCAAACACCGCAGGCACACAGAGAUUCGUCGAGGGUGCACAAACGCGGUGGGAGGUGUUGCCGCGCGUUGUCGAAACAGUCGAGGGAGACGUCGCUGAAGGAGGACAUUAAUCUCGGCGAUAAUUUCGCGUCGGCCAAUUUAUUCCCGGCCAGCCCGCUGCCGCUCCGCCACGACGUGGGUUUGCAGGAUUUCUGGGAGAAGAGCACCUCGGGCACGCAAACGAUACCCGAGAAAGAUAUGUUCGAGGCGUUUAACGAUAGCGUAACUCAGACGGAAUUCGAUACGUUCUACAACCACAGUCGUAAUCCUUUGAUACAGGGCGUGCCGAAGAGCACGGUGGCGUUAAUGACGUUGCCCUACGUCGAGGACACGUCGGCAGUCGUUGAGGGAUACUCCUUCGCCUCGGCCGACGGGAUGUCUCGGGCGGAUCCUAUGCUAACCGCCAAGACAUUCGACGACAAAUUUAGCAGCAUAGAAACGCAAACCGAGCAAGCCUUCUCCCCGUCGUACUUUUACACCGAAUCUCUGUCGAGAUCGUUUGCCCUGAGUUCGAACAUCGAAACGCAAACGACAGACAAUCUGGACAACAUGGAGCAACUGUUGUACAGCAACACGUACACUCAAACGUGCGACAAAAUGCUGUCUUCCGACUUGGGCCUGUCCAAUAUACAGACCCAGACCGCCUGGUCGCACGACGACACUACAGUCUCCGCCGAGACUCAAACGAAAUCUUUGAUUUGCGGGGCCGACUGCAAUAUUCCCACUGGGGCCUGUAGAUCCUGGUUAAAUACGCAAACGAGUCACACCGAGACGCAGACCGAUCUACUUAGUAUUUUCGAGGAAUUGGGAUAAGUUGAAUAUAUUCUCCUCCCGCGAUGUGAUUUAUCGUCAAUUGAUUCCUCAGGGUGUUUGUACACCCCCUGAUUUUCAUAUAAUUUUUUGCUCUUUCUUUAACGUAUGUGACAGGUCUUUUUGAAUAUUCUUAACGAUUCAUUUAUUGCAUUUUUUUGAAAACUUCAUUUUUAUUUCUUUUAUAUAUCUGUCGUUCGGUUACAAUGCGUUAAAAAAUAUUAAUUUCAAGUUCGCAAUGUUAUUUGUUAUCGAGAGAGAUAAAGAUGAGAUCAGAACACAUAUUUUCUAACUUUUAUACAAUUUAUUUCCCAACUUUUUUAUUUGAAACUUGUCCCACAAAUAAAGUAUCAAAUAAAAAAAGUCAGCAAACCGAGCACCAUAAAUGUUUA